AUGGCUACAAGAGCACUCAACUACCUAAGGCCAGUGCUGCGCAACAAUUGCACAAUUGGCUCGCGUCACAUUUCACCAAUCAAAACAUGGGCCCGAUAUAGUUCCCAUUCGCCCAUGGGAUCGACUACUACCAACACACGCAAGAAAGUCACCAUUCAAACUAUUCAAAGCCUAUACAAAAAGAACGAACCGAUCACAGUCCUCACAGCGUCGGACUUCCCCAGCGGUCAUGUCGCCGACUCCGCAGGCAUGGAAAUCGUGCUUGUAGGCGAUAGCCUAGCAAUGGUUGCCAUGGGCAUGGAAGACACAAACGAAGUAACAAUGGAAGAGAUGCUCCUGCACUGCCGGAGUGUGAACCGAGCCGUCAAAAGCGCCUUUACAAUCGCAGAUCUACCCAUGGGCUCAUACGAGAUAUCCCCAGAGCAAGCGCUGACCUCUGCCGUGCGGAUGGUCAAAGAAGGCGGCAUGAAGUGUGUGAAGCUCGAAGGCGGCGCCGAAAUGGCACCGACCAUCGCGAAGAUCUCCCAAGCCGGAAUCCCCGUCAUGGCGCAUAUCGGGCUCACGCCACAGCGGCAGCACUCUCUCGGUGGGUUCCGCGUGCAGGGCAAAUCGGCCGCGGGCGCGGUGAAGCUGCUCCGUGAUGCGCUGGCUGUGCAGAAGGCUGGUGCUUGUAUGGUUCUUAUAGAGGCGGUGCCGCCUGAGAUUGCGACGAUUGUGACGCGGCGGCUGAGCGUCCCGACUAUUGGCAUUGGGUCUGGCAAUGGAUGUUCCGGGCAGGUUCUGGUUCAGGUUGAUAUGUUAGGGAAUUUCCCGGCUGGGCGGUUCUUGCCUAAGUUUGUUAAGACUUAUGCGGAUGUUUGGGGCGAGGCGAGGAGGGGUAUUGAGGCUUAUAAGAAGGAGGUUAAGAGUAGGGCUUUUCCUUCGGAGGAAUUCACGUAUGCUGUUUCAAAGGAGGCGCUUGAGGAGUUUGAGAAGGUUGUUGAUGAGAUUGAAUGUGAGAGUCAGUGA